AUGGAGCGAAGAAAGGAACAGGGACUCUCAGAGGAGCCAGGCUGGGAAGAGAAUGAAGAGGAGUUCUUGGGGAUGUCACCCCUGCCUUAUGCAAACAUCAAAUUUCCUGAAGCAGCAGAAAACGAAUCUGCCCCUGCAGACCUGGAGGGAAGCUACCCCACUGCUCCCAAGAGACCCUCAGAGGAGAGCUGGGCUGUCCUCCCUCCGGAGCCAGCCCCAGCAGAGGGGAGCCCCUCUGAGAGCAGUGAGAGCGUCUCCCUUGUGACUCAGAUUGCAAACCCGACAAAGCCCUCAGAACCUGCUCAUCCUUCUGCAACUGCACAGCAGUCAGCAGCAUCCUCAGAGCCAGUUGCUGUUACAGAGCUCAAAGAGUUGGAGAACAGAGCCCAGGGCAGGACAGAGACUCUGAAAGAGGAAGGACCAACGGAUCUCCGAGUCUUUGAGCUGAACUCGGAUAGAGGGAAGUCCACCCCCUCCAACAAUGGCAAGAAAGGUUCCAGCACUGACAUUAGUGAGGACUGGGAGAAGGACUUUGAUUUGGACAUGACUGAGGAGGAGGUGCAGCUCAAAUAUAGCU